UUGGCUAGUAGGCGUGCUUCUCGGCGUCCCCGUGCUGAGCAGCUGGUGUGCCUUGCGCAGUUUAUACAGUAGUUCGAUUAGCAGGCCGCGAAAAGCGCCCUUGGCUCCACAAUAAUUCAACACGUUGUCUGAGCUGACCUAGCUACACCUCCUCUGUCAAAAGUCGCCGUCUGCCAGGUGCCGCUCCAAUAAUCAAUAAGAGAGGUAAGCAAGCAUUGCCGUCAUGGAUAUCAAGCAAUACAGGGACGUUGAUGGCUUAUGGAUGCACAAGUUCUUUCAUGAAGACUUAAUCCGCUCCGCACUAGCAUACAAGCCACGGCAGGAUGACAUCUUCAUCGUAACGUACCCAAAGUGUGGCACGACGUGGACGCAGUACCUCAUCCUCAGCAUACUGUCUGACGCCCAUCCACCAAAAACAGUUGUGGACUUCAUGUUAGCAUCGCCUUUCAUGGAACUGAUGGGCGCUGAAGCGGCAAUCAGGAUGCCCAGACCGGGUCUGUUGAAGACUCACCUCCCUUUCAGAAUGCAGCCUUACUCUCCUCAAGCGAAGUACAUCUACGUCACCCGCAACCCGUACGACGCCUGCGUUUCGUUCUACUAUCACAUGAAGGGCAUGACACCCAAGAAUGUUGACGUCUCUUUCGCCAGGUUUUGCAAAUUAUUUCUUGAGGGCAAGACCAGCUUCGGAGAGUACUUUGACCACUUGCUCUCCUGGUACGCGCACCGUAAUGACCCAAACGUUCUGUUCUUCACCUAUGAGCAAUUGAAGAAAGACACAAACUUCUGGACACUCAAGAUUGCCGACUUUAUGGGCGAGCAGUACGGGAAGAAGCUUCGCGAGGAUCCUGCCUUAUUGCGCAAAGUAAUCGACGCGUCGAGCCUCAAAAAUAUGCAGGGCAUUUUCAACGACCAGAUGCGUACGAUUGUAAAAGACAUGCUGAACUUGACUCCAGACAGGGCUAUCAAAUCGAUGGAGGUUUACAGGGAAAUGCUCGCUCACGAGGAGCCAUUACACGAUGCUGAUGGAUUCGUUCGCAAGGGCAUCGUUGGAGACUGGAAAGCUCAUUUCACGAACGAGCAGAUGGAGGAUAUGAAAGCAUGGAUUGCCAAAAAGACCGAUGGGUCAGAUGUUAUGGAUUUGUGGAAGGAUUUGGAACUACCAUGAGAGCGACAUUUAUUUUACUGCGCGCGGCCAGGCAACAGCUUAAGUGCAUAUUUCCUUUCUAGUCGGCGCUGUGAAGCUGUGUGCAAAUUUCACUUCAAGUUUUCUCAUAUCCCAGAGACUUAGCAGCCACUUUCUUAUACGUUCCGGCAUAUAAUUACAGUUUAUGUCCAAGCAAUUUCAUUAUUUUGAAGUUUGGUGAAGUGCUUCCACAUGAUGAUGAGAACAUACAAUAAAAACGUUUCGUUUUGCUGUU